AUGACUCAUAUGGACCGAAAGGGUACUUUUAAAGUUGAAUACUUGCAAGAGAUUGAGAAGAAUGUACAAAAACAGUGGGAGGGAGAAAGAAUCUUUGAAAUUGAGGCACCCACUGAUGGGAAAAAACAUGACAAGUUUUUGUGUACUUUCCCUUAUCCAUAUAUGAAUGGACGUUUACAUCUUGGACACACAUUCUCUUUGUCCAAGUGUGAGUUUGCAACAAGAUAUUACAGACUUAAAGGAAAAAUGGUACUAUUUCCUUUUGGAUUCCACUGUACUGGCAUGCCUAUAAAAGCGUGUGCUGAUAAGUUAAAAAGGGAAAUGGCUGUUUAUGGAUGCCCACCGGUUUUUCCUGACGACCAAGAGACUGUGGUAAAAGAUGAAGGAGAUAUUGUUCCUAAAGAUAAAAGUAAAGGCAAAAAAAGUAAAGCUGUGGCUAAAACGGGAGCUGCUAAGUUUCAGUGGCAGAUAAUGCAAAGUUUAGGGAUUCCAGAGGAUGAAAUAAAAGAAUUUGCUAAUGAAAGCUACUGGCUGGAGUACUUUCCACCGAGAGCUGUGACUGAUUUAAAAAGAAUGGGGUUACAUGUAGAUUGGCGAAGAAAGUUCAUUACUACUGAUGCAAACCCCUUCUAUGAUUCAUUUGUGAGAUGGCAAUUUUUCCAUCUAAAAGAACGCAAGAAGAUAAUGUAUGGAAAACGCUACACAAUAUUCUCACCAUUAGAUAAACAACCUUGUAUGGACCAUGACCGAAGCACUGGAGAAGGUGCAGGACCCCAAGAGUACACUUUAAUAAAGCUUGAAGUUAUAAAACCUUAUCCAGAAGUAUUAAAAUCUUUUGAAGGAAAACCUGUUAGUUUUGUUGCUGCUACGCUAAGACCAGAAACAAUGUAUGGGCAGACUAAUUGCUGGAUUCACCCUGAUAUUAAGUAUAUAGCCUUUGAGACAGUGAAUAAUGGCAUAUUCAUAUGCACUAAUCGUGCAGCCAGGAACAUGUCAUACCAAGGUUUUACAGUAAAAGAUGGAGACUUCAAAGUAGAAAAGGAAAUUUUAGGCCAAGAUCUACUUGGUAUUGCCCUGAAAUCACCUUUGACAUGUUACCCUAAAAUAUAUUCUCUACCAAUGUUAACUAUAAAAGAAGAUAAAGGAACAGGCAUUGUAACUAGUGUUCCAUCAGACUCUCCCGAUGAUUAUGCAGCAUUGGUAGAUCUCCAGAAGAAGCCGGCUUUCAGAGAGAAGUAUGGCAUCGAAGAUGAUAUGAUACUUCCUUACAAACCAGUCCCUAUUCUUGAAAUCCCUGAAUAUGGAAACUUGUCUGCUGUAUAUGUGUAUGACAAACUGAAGAUACAAAGUCAGAAUGAUAAAGAGAAACUAACCCAAGCGAAGGAGAUGGUUUAUCUAAAAGGUUUUUACGAUGGAGUUCUUUUAGUUGGUGAAUACAAGGGAAGUAAAAUUCAGGAUGUGAAAAAGAAUUUACAAGCAAAACUGAUAAAAGAAAAUGGCGCAGUCAUUUAUUACGAACCAGAAAAGACGAUAAUGUCGAGAUCAGGCGAUGAAUGCGUUGUUGCUCUCUGUAACCAAUGGUACCUUAACUAUGGUGAGGAGAAAUGGAAAGCGCAGGCGGAAAAAGCUUUGGCAGCGAUUAACACUUACCACGACGAGGUCAGGAAAAACUUUCAAGCCACUCUUAACUGGCUGCAUGAGUAUGCAUGCUCAAGGACCUAUGGUCUCGGAACAAAACUACCUUGGGACCCUCAAUGGGUAAUAGAAUCCCUAUCAGAUUCCACCAUUUACAAUGCAUACUACACGGUGGCUCAUUUCCUGCAAGGUGGAACUUUCCGAGGUACCAGCGAUAAUGCUCUCAAAAUUAAACCAGAAGAUAUGACUCCAGAAGUUUGGGAUUAUAUAUUUUUCAAAGAUGCUCCUCUGCCAAAGAACUCGAAAAUCUCUAAAGAAUCUUUAAAUUUAAUGAAGAAUUCCUUCCAGUUUUGGUAUCCAGUCGAUCUCAGAGUAUCAGGCAAGGAUCUCAUUCAAAAUCAUCUGACAUAUUAUAUUUACAACCACUGUGCGAUCUGGCCUAACGAGGAGGACAAGUGGCCUAAAGGGAUUCGAGCCAAUGGUCAUUUGAUGUUGAACUCGGCUAAGAUGUCUAAAUCAGAAGGAAACUUUUUGACUCUGUCGGAAUCUAUAGAAAAGUUUAGCGCGGAUGGUAUGCGACUGACGUUGGCCGAUGCUGGAGACUCGGUGGAAGACGCAAAUUUUGUGGAGAGUACCGCUGAUGCUGCAAUACUGAGACUGUACACUUUCAUUGAAUGGGUGAAAGAGGUUAUGGCUACAAAGUCUAGCCUAAGGACAGGAAACUACAUUUUCCAUGACAAGGUGUUUGUGAGCGAGAUGAACGCAAAAAUAAACCAAACGGAUGAGAACUACAACAAAAUGCUCUUCAAAGAGGCUCUAAAGACUGGCUUUUUCGAACUGCAAGCCGCCAGGGAUAAAUAUAGGGAGCUGUGCUCUGACAGUUUGAUGCAUAGGGAAGUGGUGACACAGUAUAUUGAAGUACAGGCCAAGCUCAUGUCGCCCAUUUGUCCGCACGUCGCUGAGCAUGUUUGGAAACUUCUAGGAAAUGAAAAAAGUAUCCUGCACUCGCGUUGGCCAGCUGCGGGCGAAAUAGAUGAGGUGGCCGUUAAAGCGAGCACAUACCUCAUGGAGGCCGCCCAUUCUUUCCGCAUCUAUCUGAAAAAUCAUUGCGCCGCCAAAAAGGCUAAGAAGGGAGAAACUCCUAAAUCUGAAAAGAAACCAAACAAGGCAGUGAUAUGGGUGGCUAAGGAAUAUCCCAAGUGGCAGCACAUCAUACUAAGCACCCUGAAACAACUCAAUGGUCCUUCAGGUUUACCGGACAACAAGAACAUUUCAAGCAAGCUGGCCGAGAUUCCUGAACUCAAAAAGUAUAUGAAGCGAGUAAUGCCCUUCGUGCAAGCGACCAGGGAGAACAUGGAGCGAGUGGGAGCUGACGCAUUAUCUGUGGCCUUACCCUUCGAUGAAGCCGCUGUAUUGCUCGAGAAUAAGCAAUAUUUACUCAGUACUUUGGAUCUCGAUACAAUCGAAGUUAAAUACACGGACAAUCCCGAGGCUCCGGAGAAAACACGCGAGGACUGCGCCCCCGGCGGCCCGCACAUCAACUUCAGCGCCGAGUCCGGACUUGACGUCACGUUCAUCAACCCAACACCAUUGAAUGGACUCUUCACAGUUUCUGUGUGCCUGGUUGACGGCGACACGGUAGACAAACUCAAAGCGAAGAUUGCCAAAGAAGUCAAGUUGAUCAAAGAUGCUACUAAUUUGAAACUUUGGAGAUAUAAAGACCCAAUUUUGGGACCAAGGAAGAUACCUGUCAUCGGCGAUCAUGAGAACAAAUGUGUGAAGUUAGAGACUAACUCGGUGUUAAAAGUUGACAUAACUAAUAAAAAAAUUGAAUUGGUCUCAAACGGAAUGAACAUUAACUUGGGAUUACAAAUGGUGUAUACCUAUGAAAAGUGA